CUCAAAAGACUUUGCCCUCCCCUCGCCCCUGUCUGAUGAUGCUGAUCCCAGUAGCCCUGGGCUCUGUCACACACCGCCUCCCGUCUGCCAUAGGAGCUCUUCGCACAAUUUUCACAGCCACAGCCUACAGCAUGCCGAUCAAGACACAUCUUCCAGGGUUUGUGAGCCGAGCCGGAGAUCUGCAAGCUAAAGGUGUGCAGGUGAUCGCCUGUGUGUCUGUCAACGACCCCUUUGUGAUGGAGGCUUGGGGCAGAGACCAGAAGGCAGAGGGGAAGGUCCGUAUGCUUGCUGACACAGGAGCAGAAUUCACCAAGGCCAUUGGCUUAGACCUGGAUGCCACUGCAAUUCUUGGAAACAUCAGAUCCAAGAGGUACUCCAUGUUGGUUGAAGAUGGUGAAGUAAAGCAGCUGAACGUGGAACCGGAUGGAACUGGUCUCUCCUGCAGUCUGGCUGAGGAGCUGAAGCUGUAGUUUAUGCUAUAGCCUUACUCAGUCUGUCACAUAAUCUACAGUAACAUUGUUUCAUUGUUAUCUAUUCUGUGGAUUAGAAAAUUAAGUUUGUCUUAUGGCCUAAUGCUUCUAUGGUCUGAAAACUGUGAUUGCUUGAAAAAGAAUUAUGUGAUGUUUGCUGGCAUUGAAAAUAAAGAGGUUUGAUGUAAGAUU